UCUUCGUCUUCGAGACUGCACUAUACCAAAAUCUUCACCUUCGUAUUUCAAUUUGCUCUUAUGGCGAUCCGCAUCUCCCUAGGAUUUUCCGGCUUCGUGGCCCAUAACCUAGCCUCCUCUGCCAAUAUUCACGUCAAUAAUUGCUGUGGCAUCCACAGGUGCUGGGUCAGGUCUCUGCUAUUCGGCACUAACCAGAUUAGUGUCUUGGAUGUGGGGUUCAAUGUGGUUUUUAGCGACUUAAAGGCCCAGUUGGAAGCUCUGGUGACUAACAAUGCUAGAGAAUCAGAAAUCCAGGGAGUCAUUGGUGAAGUGCCUGAUAUUAUACUCAGAUGUGUUAGUCGAGAUGAGGCCGCCUUGGCUGUGGCUCAAAAGGUUUUCAAGGGUUUGUACGAGAAUGCAACAAACCAGAUUCAUGUUGGCGCACAUCUAGCAAUGCUGACUGCGAUUCGUGAUGUUUGCAAGCUUGUCUUUACGCAGCUCAAUAGUUGGGUAUGCACUAUUACACUGGCAGAUAUUGUUUACGCAGUCCGGCCCUCCCCUUUGAAUCAUGUUCUUUUUUUCUUGUUUCUUUUUCUCCAGAAGGUUUGAAUGUUGAUUUUGGUCACUCAACUUUUCAAUGACCUAAGCGUUUAGUCUUAGUUGGUAAAUGCUAUUUCAUAGUUC